UGUGCUGCUUUAGCAUCAGCUGGCAGAUCAACCUCCUGCAGUUUGAAGACGCUGAACCUGAGUGGCAAUCCUGAUCUUCAUGAUGCAGGAAUUCAGCAUCUCUCAGACCUCCUCAAGAGUCCCCACUGCAAGCUGGAGACACUAGUGCUGCAGAUGUGUUCCCUCACAGAGAAGAGCUGUGCUGCUUUAGCAUCAGCUGCCAGAUCAACCUCCUGCAGUUUGAAGACGCUGGACCUGAGUUACAAUCGUGAUCUUCAUGAUGCAGGAAUUCAGCAUCUCUCAGACCUCCUCAAGAGUCCCCACUGCAAGCUGGAGACACUAGUGCUGAGGAGUUGUUCCCUCACAGAGAAGAGCUGUGCUGCUUUAGCAUCAGCUGUCAGAUCAACCUCCUGCAGUUUGAAGACGCUGGACCUGACUGGCAAUCCUGAUCUUCAUGAUGCAGGAAUUCAGCAUCUCUCAGACCUCCUCAAGAGUCCCCACUGCAAGCUGGAGACACUAGUGCUGCAGAUGUGUUCCCUCACAGAGAAGAGCUGUGCUGCUUUAGCAUCAGCUGGCAGAUCAACCUCCUGCAGUUUGAAGACGCUGAACCUGAGUGGCAAUCGUGAUCUUCAUGAUGCAGGAAUUCAGCAUCUCUCAGACCUCCUCAAGAGUCCCCACUGCAAGCUGGAGACACUAGUGCUGGAGUAUUGUUCCCUCACAGAGAAGAGCUGUGCUGCUUUAGCAUCAGCUGCCAGAUCAACCUCCUGCAGUUUGAAGACGCUGGACCUGAGUGAGAAUCCUGAUCUUCAUGAUGCAGGAAUUCAGCAUCUCUCAGACCUCCUCAAGAGUCCCCACUGCAAGCUGGAGACACUAGUGUGAGUGUUAACACACAACAAGAGAUCUGUGUGUGGGGUGGGGGGGGGCACACAGUGAUGGGUGAGGGUGACAGUGUGUGUGUGUUUUCAUGGGACCCUGUAAUAGGAUAAGUAUGGUG